GUUCCUUAUACAGGAACUCAUUUAAGAAAAAAUUAUAUUGCAUCACAAAUUUAUUGUUUAAAAAAAAUUAUAGUGAAUAUCCACCUGAUGAUGAACCAAUGGUUAAGAUUAAACGUGCUUUAAAAUAUGAAGCUGAUGGUUUUAAAUCUUUAAUUAAAUCAAUACAUAAUAUUAUUACUGCUCAAAAUAAUAAAAUAAUUUCACACGAUACAGUUCUUCCUCAUAUUUAUAAAAAUGAUUAUGAAUUCCCAUUUGAGACAGAUAUACUCAUUAUUGGAAGUGGAGUCAUGGGUUUGUCAGCAUCAUAUUGGCUUAAAUACUUUGCAAGACAGGAUAUUAGUGUAGUCAUUGUAGAAAAAGAUAUAGAUUAUAGCUCUUCAACCUCUUUAUUAUCAAUGGGUGGUAUACGGCAACAAUAUUCAUUGGAAGAAAAUAUUAAAAUGUCACUUUUUGGAGCUCAUUUUAUCAGGAAUUAUGCAUCUUAUUUUAGGUUACCAUUAUCAAACAUUGAACCUCCAAAAAUCAGUUAUAAUCCUCAAGGAUACUUGAUGCUAGCUUCUAGUGAAGGAGUAGACCAACUUCAUUCAAAUUAUUUGAUGCAACGAGAAUAUGGAUGUCAUACCAAACUUUUAUCCCCAGCUAAUCUUAAGCUCAAAUUUCCAUGGCUAAAUAUUGAAGGGAUAGAGCUUGCUUCUUAUGGGCUAUAUAAUGAAGGCUGGUUUGAUGCAUGGGAAUUAAUGAUGAAUUUUAAAACAUAUGGUGUUUUUCAUGGUGUUAAACAUAUUCAUGGCCAGUUACUUGGAUUUGAAAGCAAAACAUUAGGUACUUACUAUGAUCCUAUAACUCAUCAACUCCUUGAAUUUAAGAGGCCUAAUAAAGCUAUAUUAAAUGUUAAAUGGGGAGAUGGAACCAUCCAACGUAAGAAAAUUCUAUUUUCUAAAUUGAUAAAUGCUUCUGGCAUUAAUGCGGCUGAUGUUGCUCAAAUGUUAGACAUUGGGUCCGGUGAGAUUGGAAGAGAAAUCCCACUUCCUGUUGAACCCAGGCAACGUUAUGUAUAUGUUAUUAAUUGUCCUGAAGGGCCUAUACUUGAUUGCCCAUUUUUAAUAGAUAAAUCUGGUUUAGCACUUAGAAGACACGAUUUACAUGGGAAUUAUUUAGUCUUGCUUUCACCACAAUCAGAAGAAUUUUCAGAGAUAACAAAUGAUGCUGGAACUUAUUUCGAAACUAACAUUAGACCAAUAUUAACACAAAGAAUACCUUGUUUUAAAAAUCUUAAAGUAGUCAAAUACUGGUGUGGCUUUUAUGAUUAUAAUUUUGUCGAUCAAAAUGCCAUAAUAGGUCCUCACCCAUAUCAUACAAAUGUUUAUAUGAUCAAUGGAUUUAGUGGACAUGGUUUACAACAUAGUCCAGCUGCUGGAAGAGCUAUUGCUGAGCAUAUAUUUCAUGAUGAUUAUGUUACUCUCGAUUUAAAUUGUUUUAAGUUCGAGCGGUUUUCACAGAAAGAAUUAGUAUUCGAUAAACAUAUUAUUUAGAAUACUUUUUAAACUAAUAUAUAUAUAUAUAUAUAAUUGUAUAAA